CCUUCUCGCGAGAUUCUCCAGACUAUAAAAGGGAAGGUGAAUCCUGCCACAAGGAGUGCUUUGUCUGGAUUCUGCUCCUCGCAGGUGGUUCCAAGUCUGUCGCUGAGAUUCUAGUUUCUAUCAAGAUGUCGUCAGGAAAGGCUUACAUUGGGAAACCAGCUCCAGACUUCAAGGCUACCGCGGUGAUGCCUGAUGGGCAGUUCAAAGACAUCAAACUCUCUGACUUCAAAGGGAAAUACGUUGUGUUCUUUUUCUAUCCACUUGACUUCACCUUUGUGUGCCCAACUGAAAUCGUUGCAUUCAGUGAAAGGUCUGACGAUUUCAGGAAGAUCAACUGUGAAGUAAUCGGCGCUUCUGUUGAUUCUCAUUUCUGCCAUCUUGCCUGGGUCAACACACCUAAGAAGCAGGGUGGAUUAGGCACUAUGCGCAUUCCUUUGGUGUCUGACACAAACCGUACAAUUUCUAAAGAGUAUGGGGUGCUAAAAGAAGAUGAAGGCAUUUCUUACAGGGGCCUCUUUAUAAUUGACGAGAAGGGGAUUUUGCGCCAGAUUACAAUCAACGAUCUGCCUGUUGGUCGCUCUGUUGAUGAAACACUCCGGCUAGUUCAAGCUUUUCAGUUUACAGACAAACAUGGAGAAGUGUGUCCUGCUGGCUGGCAACCUGGUGCUGACACAAUCAAGCCUGAUGUCAUGCAGAGCAAAGAGUACUUCUCCAAGCAUAAAUAGUGUACGUCGUGUUUUGUAUGAUAAAUCUUUUCUGUAACAAGACCAAAACCAGAAUUGUAUUUACCCUUCUCUUAUUUAAAGAGUUUGCUAUAUUGUGAGCUAAUUGGCUUAUGAGUGCUAUUCAUAAACCAUUUAUUCUAGAACAGUCCAGUUGACUCUACAAGGGUGGUUUCUGGAGUAGAUGGAUUAUGGGUUUGAAGCCUGUUAGCGAUAGUUAUAAAUGUUAAUCAAUUAUACGUCCUAACCAUCUCAACCAGGGUAAAGUACUACUUGUGCUCAUGUGAGUAACUAUGGACCAGUAUCAUUUAAAUGACUGGCUCAGUCACGUGCGUAGAACAAAUGUUCUUCUGUUUUGUACUGUCAUUAAAUUUGUGCAAAAAAAAGAA